CGAGUGAGAGGAGUGUCUCUAAAAAUCGACGAGAUUCCGUAUAAAAGGCGUCAGUGUGGCCGACUAUCGCUCAUCCCGGCGUCGAUUUCUGUACGAGGAUCUAUACCCGCUAGUCUCGUUCCUUUGCGACCAGUAUUCAGCUCGCUCAUUACCUUAACGGCGGUAUCCGGGGCCGUUUACCCCAUCUCGAGAUCUGGAACAAAACAACCGCCACCGGCGUCAGCCACUACGACAACAGUCUCACGCGUUGCAGGAGAGCUAAGACAAGGACGCAAGCCAGCUGUAGUCCUUUUCCACAGGCGACCGCUCGACACGAGACUCCCUUGCGUCUUUCUGCAGGCCGCCGUAAAUAUAUAUCGCUGUGUGACGAGCGCAGCCCCUCACCGCCCAGCAACCCCCAAGACCAUAACGAUGGUGGUGUGAGACGGAAGCCACGCCGAAGCCUGGACCCGAACCUGAGGCCUGAUCGUAACUCAAAUACUUUAUCUUGUCGGCAUAUCCCCCCUCCUUGCCGUCGCCUUUAUUCGGCCAAACCCCAUUGCUCGACAUAACCCUUCCGAAAAUGGCGCGCGCUAUCACGGCAGAAUGGCCGGUUCACGAAAUCAUAUACACCGCCAUCGUGGGGGUCAUGAUGUUGGCUGCCCUUCUUGAAUGGUUUUUGUGGCUCGCUGCGUUCUUGUACUGUCUAGUCAAGGUGUUCCAGAAAGCAGAGCACUGGACGAUUAGGGUCCUGGCAGUAGUCAUCGCUAUUCUCUUUACCGGCUUUCGGUUCAUCUUCCUGCCGAUCAUGAUCGUCACUCUACCUCUCCCCGGUCAAAUUACGCAAUACUGGCCAGAAGAUAUGGUCAACGUGCUGCAGUGGUUCGCUUUCUGGAGUUUCGCGGGUCUGCUGACCAUACCGUGGCUCUUCUGCGUCUACCAGCUCGUCACUCAUCAGCUUGGGAGGACGAAACGGGUCAAAGAAGUGCUGGACGAAGUUUCCGCUCCGAAGGUCGUCAUCGUGAUGCCUUGUUACAAGGAGGAGCCUGAGGUGCUUGUUACCGCCAUCAACUCGGUCGUGGACUGCGAUUACCCCCCUUCGUGCAUCCAUGUCUUUCUGUCGUUCGAUGGAGACCAAGAAGAUGAGCUGUACCUCAACACAAUCGAGAAGCUUGGGGUGCCUCUGACACUGGAGUCGUAUCCUAAGAGCAUCGACGUCACUUAUAGGUCCGCUCGCAUCACCGUCUCUCGGUUCCCUCACGGUGGGAAGCGUCACUGCCAGAAGGCGACCUUCAGGUUGAUCGACAAAGUUUACAAAGAGUACCUGAAGCGGAACGACAACCUCUUCAUUCUUUUCAUCGACUCGGACUGCAUUCUGGAUCGCGUGUGCCUGCAAAAUUUCGUCUAUGAUAUGGAGCUGAGUCCCGGGAACAGCAGGGAUAUGUUAGCGAUGACAGGUGUCAUCACCUCGACGACUAGGAAACAUAGUGUCAUUACCCUGCUUCAGGACAUGGAGUACAUCCAUGGCCAGCUAUUUGAGAGGACCGUGGAGUCUGGGUGCGGCGCCGUCACCUGUUUGCCGGGUGCCUUGACCAUGCUCCGGUUUUCGGCGUUUCGCCGGAUGGCCAAAUACUACUUCGCCGACAAAGCCGAGCAGUGCGAGGAUCUGUUCGACUUCGCCAAGAGUCAUCUAGGAGAGGAUCGCUGGUUGACCCAUCUCUUCAUGAUUGGAGCGAAGAAACGGUACCAGAUUCAGAUGUGCACUUCGGCCUUUUGCAAAACAGAGGCCGUCCAAACCGUGCAGUCACUUAUAAAGCAACGGCGUAGGUGGUUUCUCGGGUUCAUCACCAACGAGGUGUGCAUGUUAACCGACUGGCGUCUUUGGAAACGAUACCCCAUUCUGCUGGUGGUGCGAUUUAUGCAGAACACAAUUCGAACGACAGCGUUGCUGUUCUUCAUCAUGAUGCUCUCGAUUAUGACCACGACCAUGAGGGUUGACCAGCUCCCUGUCGGCUUCAUCGCCAUCUCCCUCGGGUUGAACUGGCUGAUGAUGAUAUACUUCGGAUUCAAGCUGAAGCGGUACAAGAUCUGGCUCUAUCCCAUGAUGUUUAUCCUCAACCCAUUCUUCAACUGGUACUAUAUGGUGUACGGAAUUUUCACCGCCGGUCAAAGAACCUGGGGUGGACCUCGUGCGGAUGCCGCCACCGCCGACGCGAAUACGACACCCCAACAGGCCGUCGAGCAGGCCGAGAACGCGGGCGACGACCUCAACGUUGUACCGGAGACAUUCAUCCCCGCUGCCGAGGUGCAGCGCCAGCGAAGCAAAGGAAAGGAGACCAGUGGGGUCAAGAGGACGAGGAGCAAGGUCCUUCCUCCAGUCAAGGCCGAAGGGAAGUUUGCCGCCCCCGAAAAGAAAGCCGACGGCUUCUACAUCUAUCCUGAGGAAUCGACCUAUAGCUUCCCCUAUGCGACUGAUGACCACCUUUCCAAAGCUCUGCCCGCGUCGCGCUACGAUCUCAAGAAUCGCGAGUCGGUGGAUAGCUUCUUGACAACGGGAAAUAAUUCGGUGUACCUCCCGCGGCGAGUAGAGAGCAUCAUGGGGGAGGAGGAUCGGCGGAAGUACGAGAUGGCCCAGGCGAGCCAGUACAACCAGUUCCUCGAGAGCUCGCGGAAAUUCGCGAUCCCGCCGCGGGGCCAUGUCUACGAGUUCUCGGAGCUGGAGCUUGCCAAGGGCGGCUGGGAGGCGAGCGAGUCGACGACGGCGUCGUCGGACGGGGGCCUGGCCGAGCGCCAACACGAAGAUCGGCAACCGCUGCCGCCACAGCGGCAGCGACCGCACCAGGCCGAGAACUACGGUAACAACGACAACGACGGGGAGGUUAGCCCAGGCUUGCUGCCCCGCGCACCGUCGCCGGGACCCCGGUCAGCGCUGCUGCCAGCGGACGCCAGGGAACCCUCGCCGCGACGACCCCCCUUGGGCGCGUCAGACAGCCAAUACUACCAGCACCGCAACCAUCGCCGCCACAACGACCAACACCACGACAGGACCGGGAGCAGCCCCCUGAGGCAGGUCAGCCUGUCGCGGCCCUCAUCACCGCCGACGGAGACAGACGAGGCAGACGCGAGCGGGCGGAGGCCCGCGGCAGCGCGCGGACCGAAUAGCCCCCCCCGGUAGACGGUUUGGGUUUUAGGCCAGCCGGUAGGGGGGGGGAGGGGGGUGAGGGGUUUGGGCAAGCGGAUGGGCGGUACAUAUAGAGAUGGGUAGGAGUGUGUAUGUACUACAGCAGAAUAGGUAGGUAGGUCGGGUCUGUUUUUUUAUUCUACGAAGACUACUAGUAGGCAGGGGAGGGAGCCGCCGAGUCGGCUCGGCCUCUGGAAAACAAAAAGGGGGCCCCAGGUCGAAAAGGUGCUGGGAGAGGGAAG